AGCAAGCAAGCGCGGGGUAGCAUAAGCCGCGCCACACGGCUUCCAGCACCACGCAUGCAUGGACCGUGCGUGUCUCCUCCCCCUCCCCCUCCUCCGGAGAGACGCAAAUCCCCGAGAAGCCCAGAGCGGUAAUCAUGCUGCCCCCUCCCUCGGGGAGACGGAGGCAGGCGGGGAGGGAGGGACGCGAGCGGGACACACGGGCGCGCACCACCACCACCAGCAGCAGCAGCAAGAGCAGCCGGGCUGGGGCCGCCGCCGCCGCAGCCAUUAAAGCCCGCCGCCACCGGUGGGUGGGUGCCCUUUCGCCUCGCGCCUUCUUGGCCAGAGGAGCUGCCCAGCUGGGCGCGCGCUCCGCCCGCUGCCUCGCCUCUCCCGCGCCCUGCCCGUCUUCCUCCACUCCGGCUGCUGCUGGCUACUCCUCGCCGCCGCUUCUGAGUGGCAUGUGGGUAGCAGCAGCAGCAGCAGCAAGCGGCGAGGAGAGCAAGCGAGGGGGCCGCUCCCGCAGCCAGACACGCACGCACCCGGCGGCGGCGGCGGCAGGAAAGGAUGCUCGGGUCGCCAUGGCAGCAGCAGCAGCCGCGGCGAGAGUGAGUACUAAACCUUGAGUUGCCAAGGAACUCUGUGAAAAGGAUUUAUCCUUCCUGCAGUUGUUGAUUGGCUUCCUGCAGAUUCCAAAAUGGAGGAGAAGGUUCUGGGGCACAGGGAACCUGGAGUCCUAGUAGAAAAGUGGAGGAUGUUGGUGCCACGUAGGCACUGAAGAGAGGCCUCACUUGUAUUGAAACCAUUCCUCAAGGACAGGGGGCAGAAAUCUGCAGCUCAAGUGUCUCGUGACAGAAGCCUGGUGCAUUGUGCCCUGUGAGCACCAGGACUUUCAGUCUGCUCCCACCCCACGUCUCCUACAUCCCCUGAGGACCAAUCCUUCAUGUGUCAUGUAUUCACCCAGGAGAGGCAAAGCAGUGAGACUGUGUUAAGAGAAGGUAAUGAUACAUUUUGGAAGAGGAAAAGGAAGGUAUCAACAGGAGCAGAGGUGGUGACAGUAACGAAAGAUUAUCUCACUUCUUCACCCCGUUUUUCUUAAAAUGCAUACUUCAUUUUAUAAAUGUAUACCCUGCUUCUUCAUAUGUUUGAGGCGGCUUAAAAUUAAAAACAAAAACAAAUUAUAACAGUCUAAAGCACAUCUAGAAAACUAAACAUUACAUUAAAGAUAGAAAACCCAGUAGCAUAAAUAUACAUACAUGCUCCAAAACAACAGCAUAGAACUCCCAAACAACCAUAAUUAAAGCCAGCAGUAAAUCAGUAAUUUCAUAGACUAGCAAUACAGCAAGCCCAACAUUUACCAGCCAAAGACCUUGAAAAACUAAUGGGUCUAGUUUCCCUCUCCCUGCUGGCAGCAGUGCAGGAGGGACAUGUAUAGGCUAACAUCCUCUGGAACCUUGUUCCAUAAUUCUGGGACUAUGAUGUGAAAAUCCUCCUUCUCACUGCAAAUUCCUUAAUUUUCCAUAGAGAGCGAGCAAGCAGGGCCCUAUUAGAUGACCUUAAAAGACAGAAACAGGGCUCAUACAGGGUAUAGAAGUGCUGUUUUCUGUUUUGUUCCCCUAGUUUUUAUAUCAUUUGUACAAAAGGAACUUUUCUGGAAAAAAAAUAUGAAUUUAAAAAGAAGCAUAUAAGUUGAACCAGAAGGAAGCAAAAAUAAAAAGGAGGAUGAAACAAAAGCAUACAAGUGGAGAAAACAGAAAGAGAGAGAAGGAGGAAGGAGGAAGAAAAAACAAGGACUAGAGCAACCAAGUCUAUCCUCCUCCUCCUCCUCAUGGCAGCGUCUCCCAAAGGCUUCUUCUAUAUUUCUCUCCUGUUUCCUGCUGGGAGUCAAUGAGGGUGGAACCACCAGUUCCUCUGGAGGGAUCCUGGGCAUAAUCCUGCGUCGCUGUUCUCAGAGCCCAAGGAGGAGACGGCACAAUGAAUCGUGGGGGAGGCAGCAGCACUAUAGAGGACCUAUCAAAGUCUACCCUGCACAAUAACUCACUAUGGUGGCUAGCUUGUGGACUCCUUGCCCUGUUAGCCAACUCCUGGAUAAUUUUGAGCAUCACAGCCAAGCAACAGAAGCACAAGCCCCUGGAGCUUCUGCUGUGCUUCCUGGCAGGGACACACAUCCUCAUGGCAGCCGUGCCCCUCACCACCUAUGCAGUGGUGCAGUUGCGACGUGAAUCGUCUGACUACGAUUGGAACGAGAGCAUUUGCAAAGUCUUUGUCUCCACCUAUUAUACAUUGGCUCUGGCCACAUGCUUCACUGUGGCUUCCUUAUCUUACCAUCGCAUGUGGAUGGUAAGAUGGCCUGUCAACUAUCGUCUGAGUAAUGCCAAGAAGCAGGCCCUGCAUGCAGUGAUGGGCAUUUGGAUGGUGUCCUUCAUCCUCUCCACUUUGCCAUCUAUUGGCUGGCACAACAAUGGGGAGCGUUAUUAUGCCAGUGGUUGCCAGUUCAUUGUCAGCAAAAUAGGUCUGGGCUUUGGUGUAUGUUUCAGCCUGCUUCUCCUUGGGGGCAUUGUCAUGGGCUUGGUGUGCGUGGGCAUCACUUUCUACCAGACUUUGUGGGCACACCGAAGGCACCACAGAUGCCAUCACGAGAGAGCAGAAGAAACCUCCUCUUCUUGCCCUUCUUCAGCACACAAUGCCUUCAAUGUGCCAGCCAUUGUGGUAGAGGAUGUCAGAGGCAAAAGGCGAUCAUCACUGGAUGGAUCAGAAUCUGCCAAGACUUCCAUGCAGAUGACCAACCUCAUCAGUGCCAUCGUUUUUCUGUAUGACACGCUGACUGGGGUGCCCAUUUUGGUGGUGAGCUUUUUCAGCCUACGCUAUGACACUGCCCCCAACUGGAUGGUGCUAGCUGUCCUCUGGUGCUCCAUGGUGCAGACGCUGCUACUCCCAUCUUUCAUCUGGUCCUGUGAACGUUACCGGGCGGAUGUCCGUACUGUGUGGGAACAAUGUGUGGCAAUACUGUCAGAGGAAGAUGGGGAUGACGAUGGCACCGGCGAUGAUUACGGCGAUGGGAGAAUUUGCAAGGUGCGAUUUGAUGCAAAUGGUGCUGCACUUAUCAAACGGGAUCCCAGAGAUGCCAAGCUGCUUCCAGUGCACCACAUGCUGUUGCCCCAUGACAGGGUGCAUUACCUGCAAGUCCCUCUCUCUCGGAGGAUGUCCCAUGAUGAAACCAACAUCUUCUCCCAUCGCUCCGCUCCUUCCUUCCUUCACAAGUGGUCCUCUUCUGAUGACAUCCGGGUAGCCACUCCUCACAAACUCAGAGGAGCGCCAGGUUUUCUGCCUCCAGAACUCCGCAACUAUCAUCACCGUCGACGGCCUCCUGAAGAUGAGCUCACCACACUCCGGCAGUUCCUGGAAGCUGGGUUGGCUGUUCGGGGCCCUGGCUCAACCGCCUGCUUCUUCCGCGACGAGAUUACCACCUUCAUUGACGAAACACCGGCACCCUCCCCCGCCAGCAGUCCACGCCACUCGCACCCCCCGUUCACCGUGCAGGAAGACAGACAUCACUCCUUGGGUGGUGCUGAGCAGGAAGGCGGGCCUGACAAGGAUCAGCAGUGUUCACUGACUGGCAGUGAAAAUCUAUACCUCUACUGUGGGGAGCAGGAGCCCAUCAAAUGGACCAUGGCAGCAAAGGAGGCACAGACCUUCCAGGAGCUCAACCUAUGAAACGGCACCAAAAGCAUUUGCUGUGGCUCUGGAUUUUUAAGUAAAACUCAACAUGUGUCCCCCAUCCCAGGACCCAAGGGGUAAUUUAGGUCCUCGUGUUUCUCACCAUAUUGGCAGGGGAGGGGCGAGGAAUGGUGUCCAUGGUGCGUCCUGAUGCCGUAGGGAAGAAAGAAGCAGGGCGUGGCAUUGUUGGAAGGAGCCGCUGCGCCCUACUCUCAGGUGAUGACAAAUAUGAGCACAGGCCACCAGUUCAUUCAGGGCAGCAUCCCCUUGGUAGCAUUGUUAGCCCCAGCUAUCCUUCCCCAUUUCUUAGCUCCUUCCAUUAUGAGAAACUCUCAUUGGUUGCCAAGUGUGGGACUGGAUGGUAUUAAAAAAUCUAUAUUUGGAGUGUCA